GGGCGCUCUGCACCCAGCCUUCACACAGACAACACUGACUGAACGGACAGAGAGCUUUGUGCCGAAAACUAAACCCAACCUGUGUCAGACUAAUGAAUUAAAACGGCCCACUUGAGAGAGGCCAGUAGAAGACCGUGUGGACCAUACAACAACAACAGGCAUGGAGUUCCCUCAACAGCAGAAACCGGCGGGGGACGGAAAGAUCACCUAUCCUCCCGGGGUGAAAGAGAUUACAGACAAAAUCAGCAACGAUGAGGUGGUCAAACGGUUAAAGAUGGUGGUGAAAACAUACAUGGACAUGGAUCAGGACUCAGAGGAGGAGAAGCAGCAGUAUCUCUCCCUGGCGCUCCACCUGGCCUCAGAGUUCUUCCUCAGGAACCCCAACAAAGAUGUACGGCUACUGGUGGCCUGCUGUCUGGCCGACAUCUUCAGGAUCUAUGCCCCAGAGGCCCCGUACACCUCCCAUGACAAACUCAAGGAUAUCUUUUUGUUCAUCACCAGACAGCUUAAGGGACUAGAAGACACAAAGAGCCCUCAGUUCAACAGAUACUUCUACCUGCUGGAGAAUCUGGCAUGGGUGAAGUCUUACAACAUAUGUUUUGAGUUGGAGGACUGUAAUGAAAUUUUCAUUCAGCUUUUCAAAACACUUUUCUCCGUCAUCAAUAACAGCCAUAACCAGAAGGUUCAGAUGCACAUGAUGGACCUGAUGAGUUCCAUUAUCAUGGAGGGAGACGGCGUCACACAGGAGCUGCUGGAUACCAUCCUCAUUAACCUUAUUCCUGCACACAAGAAUUUAAACAAGCAAGCAUACGACCUUGCAAAGACUCUGCUGAAGAGAACGGUUCAGACCAUAGAGACAUGCAUUGCAAAUUUCUUCAAUCAGGUUUUAGUGAUGGGAAAGUCAUCAGUCAGCGACCUAUCAGAGCACGUCUUUGACCUCAUCCAGGAACUGUUUGCCAUCGACCCCAUGCUGCUAACAUCUGUCAUGCCACAGCUGGAAUUCAAACUUAAGAGCAAUGAUGGCGAGGAGCGUCUAGCUGUUGUUCGACUGUUGGCAAAGCUGUUUGGGGCCAAAGACUCAGAGCUGGCGUCACAGAACAGACCGCUGUGGCAGUGCUUCUUAGGACGGUUCAACGACAUCCACGUCCCAGUCAGGCUGGAGUGUGUAAAGUUUGCUAGCCACUGCCUCAUGAACCACCCAGACCUGGCCCGAGACCUCACAGAGUAUCUGAAGGUGCGUUCCCAUGACCCAGAGGAGGCCAUCCGUCAUGAUGUCAUUGUCACCAUCAUCAACGCUGGGAAGAAAGAUCUCAACUUGGUCAAUGACCAGCUGUUAGGCUUUGUGCGGGAAAGAACCCUGGACAAGAGGUGGCGUGUGCGUAAGGAAGCCAUGAUGGGUCUGGCUCAGCUCUAUAAGAAAUACUGUCUACACCAUGAGGCUGGCAAAGAGUCUGCAGCAAAGAUCAGCUGGAUUAAAGACAAACUGCUGCACAUCUACUAUCAGAACAGCAUUGAUGACAAGCUGUUAGUGGAGAAGAUCUUUGCUCAGUACAUGGUCCCUCACAGUCUCGACACAGAGGAGAAGAUGAAGUGUCUGUACUACCUGUAUGCCUGCCUGGACACAAAUGCUGUCAAGGCUCUGAAUGAGAUGUGGAAAUGUCAGAACAUGCUCAGAGGCCUCGUCAAAGAGCUCCUUGACCUCCACAAGCUGCCAGUGUCUGAGGCUAAUAACACAGCCAUGCUUGGGAAGCUGAUGUGUAUUGCCAAGAAUCUACCAGAUGCAGGAAAGGCUCAGGACUUCAUGAAGAAGUUUAACCAGGUUCUUGGUGAAGACGAAAAGCUCAGAGUCCAGCUGGAGAUGCUCAUCAGCCCGACCUGCUCCUGCAAACAGGCUGAGAUCUGUGUGCGAGAGAUCACCAGGAAGUUGACAUUCCCCAAACAGCCCACCAACCCGUUCCUGGAGAUGGUGAAGUUUCUGUUGGAACGCAUCGCCCCUGUACACAUCGACUCUGAAGCCAUCAGCGCUCUGGUGAAGCUGCUAAACAAAUCCAUAGAGGGUACAGCAGACGAUGAUGAGGAAGGCGUAACCCCUGAUACAGCUAUCCGUGCUGGCCUGGAGCUACUCAAGGUCCUGUCAUUCACCCAUCCAACAGCAUUCCACUCCGCAGAAACCUACGAGUCUCUGCUGCAGUGUUUAAAGAUGGAGGACGAGAAAGUGGCCGAGGCUGCCAUCCAGAUCUUCAGAAACACAGGGCAGAAGAUUGAAACAGAGCUGCAACAGAUAAGAUCGACUCUCAUUCCCAUCCUGCAUCAGAAAGCCAAGCGGGGAACCCCUCACCAGGCAAAGCAGGCCAUCCACUGUAUCCAUGCCAUCUUUAACAACAAAGAAGUGCAGUUGGCACAGAUCUUUGAGCCUCUGUCACGUAGUCUGAAUGCAGACGUCCCAGAGCAGCUCAUCACUCCUCUUGUGUCCUUGGGCCACAUCUCCAUGCUGGCUCCAGAUCAGUUUGCUUCACCAAUGAAGUCCAUUGUUGCCAACUUCAUCGUAAAGGACUUGCUCAUGAAUGACAGGUCAGUGGGAAACAAAAACGGGAAGCUGUGGUCCACUGAUGAGGAGGUUUCACCUGAGGUCCUGGCCAAGGUGCAGGCUAUCAAGCUACUUGUGCGUUGGUUACUAGGAAUGAAGAACAACCAAUCUAAGUCGGCAAACUCAACCCUGCGCCUGCUGUCAGCCAUGCUAGUCAGUGAGGGAGAUCUCACAGAGCAGAAGAAGAUCAGUAAAUCAGACAUGUCUCGGCUGAGGCUUGCUGCAGGUGGAGCCAUCAUGAAGUUAGCCCAGGAGCCCUGUUAUCAUGACAUCAUCACACCUGAACAGUUUCAACUCUGCGGCCUUGUAAUCAAUGAUGAGUGCUACCAGGUGCGUCAGAUAUUUGCUCAGAAGUUGCACCUGGCUCUCGUCAAACUGAUGCUGCCCUUGGAGUACCUGGCCGUCUUCGCCCUGUGUGCUAAGGACCCGGUGAAGGAGCGCCGUGCUCACGCCAGACAGUGCCUCCUGAAAAACAUCUCCGUCCGCAGAGAGUACAUCAAACAGAACCCGCUCGCUCAGGAUAAACUGAUCUCCCUCCUUCCUGAGUACGUUGUUCCUUACAUGAUCCACCUGCUGGCCCAUGACCCAGACUUCACAAAACCACAGGAACAUGAUCAGCUCAAAGACAUCAAAGAGUGCUUGUGGUUUAUGCUGGAGGUGCUGAUGACGAAGAAUGAGAACAAUAGUCACGCAUUUCUUCGGAAGAUGGUUGAGAACAUCAAACAGGCGAAGGAUGCACAGUGUCCAGAUGAUGCAAAAGCCAAUGAGAAGCUUUAUGUUGUCUGCGAUGUUGCUCUCUUUGUCAUUGCCAACAAGAGCACUGCCUGUCACCUGGACUCUCCAAAAGACCCAGUCCUACCCUCAAAAUUCUUCAUUGUACAGGACAAGGACUUCAAAAAUGAUAAAGAGUACCUGUCCUCAGAGAUGAGACAAAUGCUGCUCACUGGAAAGCCUAAACCAGCCCCAGUGUUGAGUGCUGUAAAUAAGCCUCUUACAGUACCAGGGAGAAGGAUCUUCACCAAGACCACUCCCCAGUCAGACACAGCCAGUAACACCAGCACCAACUCCACCCCACUAAGCUCCUCAACCAUCAACAAGAACAGUAACAGCAACGCUGCCACUGAGUCAUCAGAGAGCCGAGCGCAGGAAAACAACGAGAACCCGGUCAUCAAGAAUGAUGAGGUCAAGAAGGUGGAGCCCAGUCAGAACAUGACCCCUGACGCCGACACAGAAGCAACACCUGUGAAACGACGUGGCCGGCCACCUAAAUCGGCUGUUGCUGCACCUGCAGGGGCUGACAAAGAGGGAGCAGCAGCACCAACAGGGGCUGGGAGAGGAAGGAAAAGAGUCGCGGACCCCAAUUCCAACUCAUCGACAGAGUCGAUCAACACCAAGAUGUCAAAACAGAGUGAUGAAGGGACAAAGAGACAGAUCGACCUGCAGAGGUAAAGAGGAAGCAACUGAAGGCGAAAUCAAGACAGUAGAGAAAAUGGGCCAGACUAUUCCUCAUACCUUCCCAAUCCUGCGCUCUCCAACCUUUAAAGCUUUCCUGGAUACAUUAUGGACCUUUCUUAAAACACAAACACACACACACACCACUGACAUCCUAGAAGGUUUUAAAAACCUUAUAGUUAUGAUUUGAAUCUCAUUGUAUGUAGGUCUUACUUAAAAAAAAAACAUGUUAUUUUUUUUUCCUUUGUGUUUGUUGCUCUUUGCUUCUUUUGUGGAGCCAUUUUUAAGAAAAACAGGAUGGACAUUUUACAAACAUUUUAAUCUGGUUAUGAUUGUUGCUUAUUAAAUUCCCUGGGGAAAAAUCCA